UGCUAAGAAAAAAAAUUUAUCUACAAAGAAAUCUGAAAAUACAAAGUCAACUAGAUAUAAAUGAUUUAAGCAUGUGUAGAAAACUUUGUGUGUGCCAAGCACGUCAUUGCCUUUUGUUCCAAUACAUAAAUUGGAUAUUCAUAUUUUUCUCACUACAUCUCCACCUUCUUCCCCCCAUAUAUAGUCUCUGAGCUUAUAUAAACUCUCCAUUUUUCUUAUUGAAAAACCAACCUAAUUAUAUCCAUAUACAACUCUUUUAGCUUCUUCUGCUUUUGUAUUUUUUUUUUUAAUUAAUGGGUAGCCAAAGAGAGUCAAGAACUGGGACGACCCAAGAUGCUUUACCUGUCUCUAACUGGAAGAAAUGGUCCAAUUUUGUCCCUCUCAUUGUCGCCCUUGUUGUUAUGUCAGAGAUCACCUACUCAGGUCGUCUCGACGUGGCUAAGAACGUUGCUAAGCUUGGUGUGUUGAUCUCUCAGGCUUCACCUGCUCAUCAAGAGGAACCACCAACAAUACAGUCGCUUGUACAACUUAGUAAGAAUGAAUUGGAAGUUAGCCCAUUUUUUGAAAAGUUUUUGGACCAAAUUCAAAUUCCAGAGAUUAAACUACGUUUUGAAAAUCUUGUGAAUUCUAACAAUGGUAGUAAGAUAAAGAUGGUAAUAUAUUGUAUUGGAAGCAUAAAAACAGAGGAACAAUCAAGGUUGCAGCUAAGUUUGGCACUUUUGUUGAAGGAAAAAUUGGAUCGGAUAUUUAAUGGUAACAUAGAAAUAUUUGAUCCAAUUCUCACUGCUGAAGAGAAGCAAGCUUUGAGUGAUAUGGGUUUUAAAGUGUUGCGGAAGGAUGAGAAAGGAGGGCGAAAGGUGAAUAAACCAACAGUGUUCUUCAUGCCUUGUUGUUCACUGCCAUUGUAUGUGAAUCUAGCGGAAAAAAAUCAAGGAGCCAAAUUGAAAAAUGUAGUGAUAUUAGGGAAUGGCUUCAAAACGUGGAAAUUUGAUGUUAUCUCAGAGAAGUUAAAUGGAUAUGUUAAGCCUCUUAUCUUUUUGGCUGAAAAUUUUGCUGAUGAGUUUGAGGUUGAUUCUACAUCCUUAGAAGCAUUUAAUCAAUUUAGUUGGCAUUUUGGUUCCGUGUAAUAAGUUGAUUACUAUAUUAUAAGGGACUAGGGUCUCUCGACAAGUUACCCAUCCCUAUUUUUUUUUAAAUUUCAAAGUUCGAAUUAAUCUACAUUAGAAAACUCAAUCACGACAAUAAUAAAAUUUUUGAGUACUUCAAUAAAUCUACAGACAAUGUGAGAGUGAGACAACUACAUCACUUGUAACGCC